UCUUGCUCUAGCCCAUCAAUCAAACAGCGUAGUCCGUGCUCGGUUGCGCCGUUCAGCUUCAGUGUAUAUGAAUUCAUUCCAUUCAGUCCUUUCAUUUCAAUUUCGCUUUGCGGUGUGUGUAAAUGGGAAAAAUGAGGAAAAAUUUAUGUGCGUGAAUUUUGAAUUUGGUGUCUUUUUUCUCUUUCGUUGUGUUUUUGCUAUUCUGUUUUAUUUCCUUUUAAGUUUAAAUACCCCGUUGAGCUGAAGGAACAGAAAUUUUGACCGACCAAAUUCACAAAAUAUCGUAAAAUGUGCGUCAAAUAAACGAACAGAAAAAAAAAUUACAUAAAUUGCAAGUGAAAUGAAUUUUUCUCAUUUCAUUUAAGUUUUUUUUCUUUCUUCCAUGUGUCUCUUUCCGAAUGCAAGUGAGUUUGUAUGUGAGAAUGUUGUGGUCGUUUCCAUUUAAUUGAAAUGCACGAAUGAAGAAAAUUUCCAUUUUGGCGUUUAUCGAUUUGUUUUGUUUGGCCGUACCACACGUUCGAAAAUGGAAUGGAUAAAUGUUAACCAACCACAUAAUAUGCUAUAACGCGAUUUCCAAUGUGAUUAUAGCCAUCGACGAUGUUGAGUCAGUCGGCUCAAUACUCAAAACGAAACAAAAAAUAAACUCAAGUAAAACCUAUAAAUGUUGAAGUGCGAUAUUUUUGUGGUGUAUGACAUGAGAGAACCAUGAGAGAGUGAGAAACAGAGAGUGAAAAAUCGGUCUCAAACCAAAACGAAGUCAUUUUUAUUUCAUUGAUGACAAUUUUUUCGAUAAUCGAAUUUUUUUCGAUUGAUGUGCAAUUUCGGUGCGUUUCAAGUGUGAGACACAGAAAAAAAAUGUGUGUACGUUUGGUGUUGCCUAUCAAUGCGAUCCAAAUUCGUGAAUUGAUUCAUAGCGCGAAUGAGUAACAUUUGUGUAAAGUAAAAAAAAAGUGGAAAAGAAAAAAAGCGUAGAUGAAAAGAGCAACAAAUCAUUUUACAACUGGUACGACUAAUGCUCAUACCAAUGCAAUCGGAUGUGUGUACAGACAGAAAUGUCAUUGGGUGCAGCCGUGAUCUUGACGAAUUUAAGCGAUUGAAAAGAUAUUUUUGGUUCUUACUAUCGUUAUUUUCGCUCUCUUUUGGAUACACGAGCGUCGAAAUGAAUGAGGCUGUCGCCUAAAAAAAAACUUAAAGAGAGACGAAAAAAAAACCGUCGUGUGUUUGUCUGUUGUUUUAUUUGUGUGUGAGCCAAAUGCUAGCAAAAAAAAAUACAAUAAAAAGUGUAAACCGUUGUGUAAAAGACAAUUUGUGUUCGCUUCGGAGAAUCGGUGUCAAAAAUCGAUUUUAUGUUGAUUUAAUUUAAACAUAAAUAAAUAAUCCCAAAAUAACAACAACAACCAUCAGAGAGAAAAGAGCUAUUUAAACAAAAAAUGUCGAGUGAAGAAGACAAACCGCCUGCUCCGCCAGUUCGAUUAACUAGCACAAAUCGAGGUUUUAAAUCAGAUCAUCAUCGCAGUGACAGCGCUCCGGCUGUCGAAUUAAAACCUCUACCAAAAGAACCUGACGAUGGCGAUCGAAAGAAGAAGACUUCCAAGAGUAAAAUUAAGGGAUCAAUGCCAAAGCCAGGCACCGAUUCAAAACCAAAUAUAUCGUAUCCAACGAAUUUUGAGCAUACGGUUCAUGUGGGAUUCGAUGCUAUCACCGGUGAAUUCACGGGGAUGCCCGAAGCAUGGGCACGAUUGCUCAUGAGCUCGAAUAUUAGCAAACAAGAGCAAAAGAAGAAUCCGCAGGCUGUUUUAGAUGUAUUAAAUUGGUUUGAAAACAGUAGCAAACAACGGCCCAGCUCCAAGUAUAUGAUCAACACAACCGCCACAACAACCGCUACAAAUUCGGCCUCAUCAUUGAGUCAUGUGAGCAGCAGCACGCCAAGUAGUACGCCAACCGAUUCUGAAUCGCAUCACAGUGGGCAAAUAUUGCAUCCAGCGAUUAUAAGUGAAUCGUCAACGCAACAAAGCUUACAAAUUACCGACAAUUCAGUCAAUGAAGAAGCGUCCAGCGAUGACAAUGCACCUCCACCACCACCAAUCUCUAGUCGACCCGAACGAACCAAAUCAAUAUACACGAGACCGCUGGACGAAACAAAUCUGACGGAGAGCGCCAUCAACUAUCAACAUCAAGCUCAAUCGGUGCAAAACAAUUUGAUGAAUGCAUCGGUUGCAAUAAAAAGUCCAACACUUGAUAAGAAUAAGAACAAUGCAAGCAAUAUUUAUAGUCCGAAUUCAAUUAACUACAACAUGCAACCAAAACUGGCGAACAAUGCGGUGCUUUCGAAAUCAUCAACACAGAAACCAACAUCACCAGAACAUGUUCCUACAGUGCACCCAGCAUCACCUGUUUCAGCAACGGCCAAUGGCAGCAGUAAUAACACUACACCAACCAGUGGUGGUACGAUUUUGAAUCAAAUUCCACCGGCUGCGCCACAGACCACGCCACGAAACAAUGGCGGUCUCAAGAAGAAGAAAAUGAGCGACGAAGAAAUUCUCGAUAAGCUGCGAACAAUUGUAAGUGUGGGCGAUCCAACGCGGAAGUACACGAAAAUCGAGAAAAUUGGCCAAGGUGCAUCUGGUACAGUGUACACGGCAAUCGAGAGCUCAACCGGUAUGGAAGUAGCCAUAAAACAAAUGAAUUUGUCACAACAGCCCAAAAAAGAAUUAAUCAUCAAUGAAAUCCUGGUGAUGCGAGAGAAUAAACAUCCGAAUGUGGUGAACUAUUUAGACAGUUAUUUAGUUGGUGAAGAGUUAUGGGUGGUGAUGGAGUACUUGCCGGGCGGUUCGCUGACCGAUGUUGUCACCGAAACGUGCAUGGAUGAGGGACAAAUUGCAGCAGUUUGCCGUGAAGUAUUACAAGCGUUGGCAUUCUUGCACAGCAACCAAGUGAUACAUAGAGAUAUAAAAAGUGACAAUAUACUAUUAGGCUUAGACGGAAGUGUGAAAUUAACCGAUUUCGGCUUUUGUGCACAAAUAUCGCCCGAACAAUCGAAGCGCACCACAAUGGUUGGAACUCCAUAUUGGAUGGCACCCGAAGUCGUAACACGGAAACAGUACGGUCCAAAAGUCGAUUUAUGGUCACUAGGUAUUAUGGCUAUCGAAAUGAUCGAAGGCGAGCCACCAUAUUUGAAUGAAAACCCGCUGAGAGCAUUGUAUCUGAUUGCAACGAAUGGCAAACCGGAGAUUAAGGAAAUGGAAAAACUCAGUCCAAUAUUCCAGGAUUUCCUUGAUCAAUGCUUAGAAGUAGACGUUGAACAACGGGCCGGUGCACCUGAACUGUUAAAGCACACUUUCUUGAAAUUAGCGCGUCCAUUAGCGAGCUUGACUCCAUUAAUCCUUGCCGCUAAGGAAGCAGCAAAAGGUCAUUAGCGAACCUCCUUGUGCUUAGUAUCGACACAACAUACAGUAAACGCAGUAAUUAAGCAAACUAAUCAAUCAAAUCUAUUGUCAUUAAUCAAGCAGUACCGCUAUCAUCAACACAACCUUUAUGAAAUAUCAUUUUCGUUUUUUUUUCCUCUUCUCUUUUUUAGUUUUGUAUUGAAAAAAAAAGAGAGAAUUCAAAGCCUUGUUUUUGCAUUUAAUCAAUAAGAUGGAAUAUUAAGAGUUUAUUUUUUCUCUGUCAGAUCUUAAAACUCAUCGAAAUAUUGUGCUUGAUUUUUAUUGAAUAUUAUUUUUUUAAUUGUAAACACAUGCGCUGAGUUAGAAAGGAUUUGUAGAAAUGCGAACGAAGACAUAGAACGUAUAACCUGAAUGACAGAUAACAUUUGAGAAUUUAAAUAGUAUGCUUAUUUGUUGCGCAAUGAAAUGAAGUGAAGAAAGAGAAACAAUCUGAAAUGAAAAUAUGAAUAAAUUAACGGCAAUAUUUUUCGGUGUAUUUAAUACACACUUUUAGCACAGAUUGCAAGAUGGAUAUUUUCGGAGAGAAGCAUUUUAAUGGAGUUUGAAAUUGAGAAAGACAAGUAAAAGACCGGCGAAAAGAGAGAGAGAGUGAGAGAGAGAGAGAGAGAGAAAUAUAGAGAAAGAGAGGGAGUUGUACGGUUGAAAUCGAGUGAAUUUUAUGUGUUUUGAAGGAGAGACAAAGUAGAACAUUUGAAUUGUAACUUUCAGUUUUUAGACUAAAUUAUUCAUAGUAUUUAAUUAAAACACCGUGACAGAAAGAGAGAACCGUUUUGUUCGUAAUUUCUUAGAUUUUCGGCUUAAGUGGAGUUGCAAAGGUGUCGGCUAUUUGUGCGAAAAUUUUUUUUGUUUUUUUUUGGCGAAGCAUUGUACCGUAUAUACAUGUAUCAAAUAUUAAUGACGGUCGUUUCAUUUACUACCGAAAGUUUUUUUCGUUCUGGUUUUCAUGUUUCAUCUUGUUUCACAAAUCCGUCAUCAACAUGAUGAUGAUAAGUCCUCAUCCUCAAUGUGUCAUGUACUCUUUUCAUACCGCAUUCACUCUGCGUGAGACUUGUAAAACACAAACACCACACACACACAAAACCUUUAACGAUGAUGAAUAUGAAUAAAGGAUGCCUUAACAGUAGUAAAACGACAAAAACCGUGGAAGGUCGAAUAUGUGACGUAUUUAAAAUUAAAGAAGAAAAAAACAACAACAACAAAAAAACACAUUUCGUAGAAGCUUCAAGAAUAAAUAAAAUGUAAUAGUGAUGUAAAUGUAACAAAUACGCAAAAGAAAUUUUUUUCGCAGAAAACCGUAGAUUAGUACGAAAUCGAGCUGAUCAAUAGACAAUGCUGACAGCGAGACCUGCUGCAUAUUUAUGACUGCAUGCAAGCUCACUGCUAGAAUAGGCUUUCUUUUCUUGAAUGUCGAAACUUUUGUUUACUUUACGCAUUUUGUUGAUUUGCCAAUUCGAACAAAAAAAAACACACACACAACCACAACUCAUUCAAAUAUCACUCAAAUAAAAUAUGUUCAUCCCUUUA